UUAUUGUUCGUGAGUUCUUAUGUCUGUGUGCGUGUGGUAUUUGUAUGAAAAUAUGUGACCAUUGUCUUGCAACCUAUUUGCUUCUUGCGCGCGCGAGUAUUAUUAUAACUAAGACGAUACCAUUUUUUCAAAAAUGUACACAACACACAAGGGUGUAGGACAGUACAAUCACCAGUCAAUGUCAGCAUGUUAGUGUUGUUGUUGUUGAUUUUGAUAUUGAUAUAAUUCGAACGGAAAAACAAUUACAAAAACAAUAUAAAAUGUUGAUCCAAGAUGAUACGAAUGAACAGAAAAUUAUUGAAUCAUCAUCAUAUAAACAUCCGGAUGAUAUUGAAUCCGAUCAUCAUUAUCAUCGAACAACACAUUUAUUAUGUUCAUUUGUAUGGUGGACAGCAUUAUCAUUGAUUGCAUCAUUAUUGAUUGCAGCUGGAUUUUGGUUACCAUAUUGGAUACAAGGAUUCUAUGAUGAUGAUAAUGGUAGUCAGAUCACAACUAUUACAUUUAGUCCAUUUCGUCGUUGUAAUUUUCCAGUAAUCAAUAAUGAUGGCAAUGUUAAUAUUAUGUUUAAAUGUAUUCGUUAUGAACAUUUCGAUGAUAUUCCAUCACUUUCAUGGAAGCUAACCACACUAUUAGUUGGCCUGGGUGUUUUAUUCUCCAUUCUGGUUGCAUUAAUCCUAUUAUUUGCUUGUUGUAUGCCAAAUGCAUUAACAUCAUCAAAUACCUGUCUAUUGGUUAUUGUACAGCUUUUAAUUAUCUUGGUGAUAAUUACUGGCUGCAUUAUUUAUCCACUUGGUUGGAAUGAUCAACAACAACAACAACAACAAAUACAACAUAUAUGUGGUGCUUAUAAUUUAGAAAAACCAUUUGAAUUAGAAAAAUGUCAGCCAUCAUUAUCCAUCUAUCUAUUGGCAUCGGGAUUAAUUCUACUCAUCAUAUGUCUUAUGUUUGGCAUAUGUACAUCACGUCAAUAUAGAAAAUUUUUUUGAAACAUUUUAUUAACCAACUUUGAUAACAUACAUUUUUUUUGAAAUUGAA